AGAGAAGCAUGUAUUGUACUAAUAUUGAAGUGAUCAUUUGUUUGUAGUAGUAGUAGUAGAAGUUCAUAAGUAUUGAUGGCUUACAUUCCUCCACACAAGCGUCACUCAUACGAAGCUGCUAGUAGUAGUGAAUCUAGUGAUAUGCAUAAUAGACCCUCACCAAUCCCACAAUCCCUUGUUCCUCAAUUCAGAAGAAAUCUUAAUUUGAGGUUGCCACACAAAACCUUUUCACAAAGAAGUGGAAAGAUUGUUUAUAAUUAUGCAGAGCAGGCUAUUUCCACAUGGUUUCCUGUUGGUUUGGAUCACAAUCACCAGUUUCCAUCUUCUGUACAUGUUACCCCAGUUCCCUUGCAACUUUUUGGGAGAACAACAGGAACAAAUCCACUAGUUUUGUUCAAUAACAACAACAAUCAUCCAGUUGAGCAAGUGAGGAGUCCAUGGGUGUAUAUAGCAGAAAAUGUUGUGUCAGACUUGCUUUCUUCUUUCGAGAAUGUCAGGAAUGAAAAGUUGGACUUGGAAGACGUCAAGCCAAAGUUGGUUGCUAGAUUCGGAAAGAUUCUUUUUCAUGAGAGUCCUUCAAUCAGCGAAGAAACUACAAGAGUAGGUUUGGCUGCAGAAACUACAUUGAGUCAAUUGAGGAGAUCAUUUUACACAAAUAUUCCUAAUUCAUAUAUGGAAAACAUUAUGGGAGAAGUUGCCCAAAAGAUUAAAGUUGAUUUUGAAGAGGAGAAAGAUUUAUACCAUGUACAGUUGUCUGAUGCCACACUACCAGAUUCAACUAUUUCUUGCAAAUGCAGUGUGAUAAAAGAAGACAAAAGGCUUCAACUUUGUAAGAUUGAACUACACCAAUUGCGUCAUAUGGUCAUAGACAUAUCGUGCCUUGAUAAAAACUUAGACCUAAGGCUGAUGCUAUCCACCAAGAGGACCUUAACAGCUUUCACUGAUGAUGAGAUGCAAAGCAUUAGAAGUCUUAUUAAUUCUGCAAUUCUAGAUCAAGAUGUGAAGGGUGGGUUGAGAUGGCCCUUGGGGAAGGCAUCUUCUGGAGGUAGAUAUUGUGUGGUGGGGGUUUGGCACACAAUAGCUAAAGAUUAUAAAAGUUCAUCAUUGAGCCUGAAAGUGAGACAUGCUGAUCGAUAUGAUUUUAGAACUUCAACUGGGGAAGCUACAAGGGAGAUAAAUCUAAAGCUGAAAAAAAUUGUCUCAUUAUUACAGGAUCAGGAGGUUGAGGUUAGUUCGGUUGCUGAGAUGCUUAAAGACAACUUGAAAUUGAUAUGGGAUCAUUUCUUAUGCUGUGAACAUUUUUUGACAUGAAAUAGCAAAAAAGGUGGCGAAAAGAUAAAAACAGAAGGGACACUAUCCGGAAAAGGGCAGUUUAAAUAUUUUUGAUAUGUUUAUGGUGUAUUUGCUUACAUUUUAUGGCAAUUUUAAGGCAAUGGGCAUUGA